AUGGUCAAGCGAUCACGCGAGUCAUCGAUCCUCUCGACUGAAAGCGACGAGCAAAGUCCAGUCACGCCAAGCUCUAAAUCUCCCCGUCUCGCGAAGGUCUCAGUAGCUAUGGUCGACGCUCCAACGGUGAAGACUGUUAUGCAGUGUUCCCUACCACCUCACCGGGAUACCCUGGAUUUUGCUUCUAUUGAGGACUUCGAGAUCCACUAUGCCAAAGACCAUUCGAAUCGGUGUACCUCAUGCAGCAAAAACUUCCCUACGGCGCAUUUCCUAGCCUUGCACAUUGACGAAAACCACAAUCCGUUCCGAGAGGCAUUGCAGGCCAAAGGUGAGAAGACAUACGCCUGCUUCGUCGAGGGCUGUGACAAGAAAUGUUCCACCCCACAGAAACGACGCCUGCAUCUGAUUGACAAACACUUGUUUCCCAAGAUAUACAACUUCCGCAUUGUCGAUACCGGCAUUGAUAACUCGACCUCGAUGCUGCGCGAGAAUCGCCGCAGGAGAGUCUCGACGACCGCUGAUCAGACGGCCUCCAGUGGUACGCGGAGACGGCAGUCUCAAGCUGGGAAGCAGCAGAACUCUGCCGUGAUCCCGCCUGACCAAAACGGAGUUCUGCUCAAGGACGAAAGCCCGAAGCUCCAAUCCAAGCAGAAUGUCUCGGAUGCAGCCAUCAAAGAUCUGGAAACAUCCAUGUCCGCCUUGCGAUUCGUGCCACCACAGAUCAGGCAGCAAAACACGCGGAACCGAAAGUGA